GGAGUCUUUGCUUCUUUACAUGUCUCAUAACGUGGAAUUAUCUCUUAUUAAUGGUUUAUCUUCUAUAUCUCUUGUUACAUAUGUUUUAGAAGCUUAUAAUAGGACAAUUGAAUUUUAUUACAAGAUUGGGCUCAAAAAAGUUUUUGAUUAUGAUAGUAAAGAUCAUGAUUCGGAAGUGUUUUCUAUGAAUUAUUUAUUUAAAAGCAAACAAGAAAUAUGGUUAAGUGCUUCGGGGAAAAAUGAAGAAAUAAUACUUAAAAUUCAACUCUUUGAUAGUUGUAUUGAUGCUAAUAAUAGAUCAUUAAGCACUCAAAAUCAAAAAGAAAACAAUUGCUUACAUUGUACGUUUGUUGUGGGUAAUUUAAUUGAAAUUGUUGGCAAGUUAAAUGAAAUGGAGGUUCAAUAUGAGUUAUUUCCUAAUGAAAUAUCACCGUUAGAAGUUACUACAAGUGAUCCUUUGGGAAAUUUUAUCACUUUUACUGAAAAAUCUGCACUUUUUUCAUCUGUUUCAGAAAAUUGUUUUUUUUUGGAUAAUAAAAAUGAGAAAAUACAUGAACCGCUCUCUACGGGUGUUGCUUUUUCUAAAAAACGAAAGAUAGCUGUUAUGACAAGUGGUGGAGAUGCUCCGGGAAUGAACGCUGCUGUUCGUGCGAUUGUUAGAAUGAUUAUAGCGACAAAUUGUGAAGCAUAUGUCAUUUAUGAAGGAUACAAAGGUUUAGUAGAAGGAGGAAAUAUGAUUAAAAGAAUAUUUUGGAUGGAUGUUCAAGGUUGGCUAUCAGAGGGUGGAACACAUAUAGGAACAGCUAGAUCUACUUUAUUUAGAGAAAGAACUGGAAGACUUUCUGCUGCAAAAAACUUAAUUUUAAAUGGAAUUAGUUCUUUAAUUAUAUGUGGAGGAGAUGGCUCAUUAACUGGUGCUGAUAUUUUUCGUUUUGAAUGGUCAUCACUUAUCGAUGAGUUGGUUUCUAAUAAUUCUCUUACUCCUGAACAAGUUAAGGACCAUAUGAAUCUUUAUAUUGUUGGAUUGGUAGGGUCUAUAGAUAAUGAUAUGGCAUCGACAGAUGUAACGAUCGGUGCUUAUUCGUCAUUACAUAGAAUUUGUGAUGCUGUAGACUCUAUUGCUGCUACAGCUUCAUCUCACUCUCGUGCAUUUGUAAUUGAAGUAAUGGGUCGUAAUUGUGGUUGGCUUGCUUUGAUGGCUGGUAUAAGUACUGGUGCUGAUUUAAUAUUUAUUCCAGAAAGACCACCUCUUGAAGAAAAUUGGCAGUCUGAAGCGUGUAAAAAAAUAAAAAGACAAAGGGAAAUGGGGAAAAGAAGAACCGUGAUAAUUGUUGCUGAAGGUGCUAUAGAUAAAGAAUUAAAUCCUAUUACAGCUGCUUAUUUGAAGAAUAUGUUAGUUGAUGAGCUUAAUUUAGAUACCAGAGUAACAACUUUGGGACAUAUUCAAAGAGGCGGUGUUCCUUGUUUUUAUGAUCGUUUUUUGGCUACUCUUCAAGGCGUUGAGGCUGUACAUGCAAUUCUUGAAUUAAAGCCUGAUUCUCCAAGUCAAAUGAUUGGAAUUAGUGAGAAUAAAAUUACCAGAAAGUUACUUAAUGAAUCAGUAAAACUCACACAUAGUGUUACAAAAGCAAUUCAAAAUAAAGAUUUUGAAAAGGCUAUAGAGUUAAGGAGUGCAGACUUUGCAGAUUUUUAUCAGACUUAUUUGCAUAUGACUGUUUUUCAAGACACAUCAAAAAUAAAAGAUAACUCAUUAAUGUUAUCUUCAGAACAACGUUUAAGGAUUGCUAUAAUUCAUGUAGGUGCUCCUGCUGGAGGAAUGAAUAUAGCCACACGAUCUUUUGUAAGAUAUUGUUUAAAUCGUGGACAUACUCCUCUUGCCGUUCAUAAUGGUUUUCAUGGGUUACUUAAUGAUGGUUUAGUAAGUGAAUUAUCUUGGAUGCAAGUUGAAGAAUGGAUUACUCAUGGGGGAAGCGAAAUUGGUACAAAUAGAGAUCUUCCAAGCACUGAUAUUGGUAUGACAGCAUUAAUGUUUCAGAAAUAUAAUUUCAAUGCAUUAUUAAUUGUUGGUGGUUUUGAAGCGUUUUUGUCUCUUCUUCAGUUAUAUAAAGCAAGAACAAGUUAUCCAGUUUUUCGAAUUCCUAUGAUUUGUCUUCCAGCUACUAUUAGCAAUAAUGUUCCUGGAACAGAUUUUUCUUUAGGAUCAGAUACAUGUCUUAAUACGCUUACAGACUAUUGUGAUGCUAUUAGACAAAGUGCUAAUGCUAGUCAGCGUAGAGUUUUUGUUGUUGAAACUCAAGGAGGCAGGUGUGGAUAUAUUUCGCUUCUUGCAGGACUUACCAUUGGAUCAUAUGUUGUGUAUACUCCAGAAGAAGGUAUUAAUUUAAAAAUGCUUUUAGAAGAUGUAGAAUAUAUGAAAAAGCAUUUAAAACUUGAAGAUUCUAAAAGAAGAAAAGGGAAAUUGAUACUAAGAAAUGAAAAAUCAUCAAGUAUUUAUACAACUGAUUUAAUAUCAAGAAUUAUUUUAGCUGAAUCAGAUAAUCAAUUUGAUGUACGUACAGCUAUUCCUGGACAUGUUCAGCAAGGAAAAAUACCAUCACCUAUGGAUCGAGUUAGAGCUACUCGUCUGGCAAUUAAAUGUCUUCAAUUUAUAGAAAAAAUGUUUUACGCAAAUAUGCACAAUGAUCCAUCUUCUGCUGCUGUUAUUGGUAUCCGAGCUGCUAAAGUUGUUACUACACCCGUUGAAAUUCUUCAACACGAAGCAGACAUGGAAGCACGAUGUCCUAAGACUUCUUGGUGGUUUAAUAUUAAAAAUCUUAUAAAUAUUCUUAGUGGUCGAAACGUUCCAUUUCAUUUAAUUCAAAAAACAGAUGUUUUAUAA